AUGUUAGGGCCGCCCCUGCACGUUUGGUCAUCAUUUGUGGCCGGUGCCACCUUAGGUGAGGCAAAGACAAUGAUUUUAGGGGAUGCCGGUUUCCUGAAGAUGGCCUCACGCACCCCGUCCCUUGAGUCGCUGCCCGGUGCCAACUCAAUAGGUUCGCUGGAGCGUGGCUCCUUAUCGCCCUUGACUCUUAGCGGAUCCUCGCCCCCAGCGAGUGACUCCGCCGUAUGUGACCUCCGCGAGUUCGACGGCCUCGACACCACCUGUGCAAUCUGCCGAGAGACAUUCGUCGACCCCAAAGUACUCAAUUGCUUCCACACCUUUUGCCGGGCUUGCCUGGAAAGAGAACAAACACACCCAGACAAAGUUACCUGCGUCACUUGCCGCGUAGAUAGUCUGCUGCCUACGGCCGGCGUGAACGGGCUACUCACGAACCUUGUGAUAGCAGCUGCUGUCGAACAAGACGCGGAUCUCCUGCCAUCCGCUCGCCAAACCAGCUCACCUUCAGCCAGGUGCACUGGUUGCAAAUCCAAGGAAUCCGACGCUGUCGCUCGUUGUGUCGAUUGUGCUAACUUUCUCUGCCCCAACUGUGUAAUGGCGCACCAAUUCAUGCAUUGCUUUGAGGGCCACCGAGUGUUGGCUUUCACAGAUCUAAAGGAUGACAAGGGUAUGUUGGGAUCAACUACUAUUACCACUAGUGGCGAAAAGACCGCUUUCUGCCCGAGACACAAGAAUGACAUUCUCAAAUAUUUCUGUCGCACUUGCUCUGUGCCAGUAUGCAAAGAAUGCACUAUAAUAGAACAUCCUGCUGCCUUGCACGACUGCGAACAUUUAUCUGACGCAGGUCCUAAACAACUAGAAUUAAUGCAACAAGCUGUUACUGAGGCCAAGACUCGCGCCACUGAAAUAAGGCACGUCGUCAAACUGUAG